AUGUCCAACAGCACCAACAAUGGCAGGAUAGCGGGAGCAGGAACAAAAGGCAGACCCGUCGUCUUUAUGGAUGUCACUAUUGGUGAUCAACCAGCUGGGAGGAUCAAAUUCGAGCUCUUCAGCGAUGUGGUGCCCAAGUGAGUGCUUUGCAGCUGCAGCCACUUGUCGCGUGUCGUGCGGGGGAAGAGCAGACUCUUGUCGAAGUGCUGAUCAGAGCGCAUACAUGGAGGCAAGGUGUGAUGCAUCGCAGGUGAUGGCCUGACACCCUCACACUUGUUGCUUGCCUUGCUGUGCCUGUAUGCGGCCCCGAGCUGCGGAGUCUGUCUGCGUCUGCUGGCUGUCAUUGCGCGCGCCGCGCUAUCCCCCGCUACCCCCCGCUAUCUCUAUCGGCAGCUGGCCACCCCUCUGACGCAAGCUCAUCACCCACUGUUCGGCGAUUGUAGGACGGCGGAAAACUUUCGACAACUGUGCACAGGCGAACAGAGGAUCAACCACUCGCCUCAAGGUUACAAGGGGGCCGUUUUCCACCGAGUGAUCCGAGAUUUCAUGGUGCAAGGAGUAAGUCGCUCGUGUCUGGCUUUGGCCUUCACAUAUGCUGACGCCGCACUUUUUCCCCUCUCGUGACUUGCUCUCAGGGCGACUUUUUGAAUGGCGAUGGAACAGGAUCUUAUUCCAUCUACGGGGACAAAUUCGAGGAUGAGAACUUUGCUGCGAAACACGAUGCCCCUGGAUUACUCAGCAUGGUGAGCGGCGUGUCCGGGUCAUGUGCCCGCCUCGAGCGUGAUGCUGGCAUGGCGCGUGUCGAGCCUUGCCAGCUGACAUUGCACACAUCGCCAACACACGCAGGCCAAUAGCGGGCCGAAUUCGAACGGCUGCCAAUUCUUCAUCACUUGUCAACCAGCAGACUUUUUGGAUGGCAAGCACGUCGUCUUUGGAAAAGUGGUCGAAGGCAUGCUGACAUUGAGAAAGAUGGAAAACGUGCCCACGGGGCAAAACAACAGGCCCAGGUUGGCAGUCAGAGUGACGGAGUGUGGGGAAAUGUAA